AUGUCGGAAUCAUUGGUGCCUGACACACGGGUACUGGCCGUGGCUAGUCAUGUCGUCUAUGGACAUGUGGGAAAUAGCAUGGCAACAUUUGCCUUACAGUCGUUAGGAUGCGAGGUAGCAGCAUUGAACACUGUGAAUUUCAGUAAUCAUCUCGGCUAUCGACAAGCUAAGGGCACUCGCUUAACUGCGCCGGAGAUAACAGACCUCUAUGAAGGCCUAUGUCAGAGUCAUCUCACCGACUUUGAUGUACUGCUAUCUGGUUAUGCGCCUAGUGCGGCAGCAGUUGAGGCUGUUGGUGCAAUUGGAAUUGACUUGCAGCAAAAGGCCCAGAAGAAUCCUGGAUCCUUUUUUUGGGUAUUGGAUCCAGUAAUGGGUGAUCAAGGUCGUCUAUACGUGAAUGACGAUGUGGUUCCCGCUUAUAAGAAGCUCAUUCACCAUGCAGACUUGAUCCUUCCGAAUCAAUUCGAGGCCGAGGUUCUGUCAGGCGUCGAGAUCACCUCCUUGUCCACUUUGGCCAAGGCCAUUACAGAGAUUCACCGCAUCUACUCCGUCCCGCAUAUCAUUAUCACCUCAGUCCAACUAUCCAAACUGUCUCAGUCAAGCUCUACCCCUAGCCCACAGGACCUUCUGACUAUCAUUGGUUCCACUACACGAUCAGAUGGCUCACCUCGCCUCUUCCGUAUCGAUGUACCAGCUCUUGACUGCUUCUUCAGCGGCACAGGUGACAUGUUCGCAGCACUGACAGUUGCCCGACUCCGCGAGGCUGUCGCAAAUUCUGAUGUCGAUAUUAGCAUCACGCAGUCCUGGGUAUCACCCGAUGACGUUCCGGCUACUGAUCUACCACUAGCAAAGGCCACUCUCAAGGUGCUCUCUAGCAUGCACAGCGUUCUUGAGAAAACUAUGCUGGCACGAGAUGCAGAAUUAUCAGCUAACUCAUCUGUAGAAAACGGCAAGUUGAAUGCAGAUGAGCAGCAAAAGCAGGAACAUUUGCGUCGCACCAAAGCUGCCGAGAUUAGGCUGGUCCGAAAUGUUCGAUUCUUGCGCGAGCCCCUCGAGCAGUUCACGGCGCAGGAGUGGGCCAAAGAAGACCUUCCCACGCAGAAUAUAUAG